GCACCUCACCCAGGUAAGGUUUUGAAGGUAGCUCGAAAAAGAUUUUGUAUUACGCGAGGUAUCUUCGACAAAUUAGGGCAUAAUCUCAUUUCUCCCUUGUAGAAAACUCGAUCGAGUUUCCUUCCUCUGAACCUGCAGGACGACGAGCAUUGUGAAAUCAACGGAAACGAGGGAUCUACUCCGGCAUCUAGAUGGAUAGGAGUUGGAUAGACGAUGCGAACCAUAUCUCCGCUCAAUAUUUGGACGGGGUCAGGGCUUUCUUAGAUUUCGCAUUUAAAGAUCGUAGCUCUGAAUCUUGCAUCUAUUGCCCCUGUACAUCUUGCGGAAAUCGCUUAACAAAAUCUCGUAGAGAUGUCUUGCUCCAUUGUAUUCGUUAUGGAUUCGACCAAACCUACAAGGUUUGGACUUGCCACGGAGAAGGAGAGGUGAACCCUGCUGUUGCAAACGACAAUAUGCCAAUGCGUUGGGAGGAGGAACUAGAACUUCUAUUGCGAGAGUGUGCAUAUACAGAGCACACCGAUCCGGGGCCCAGUGGAAAUGAACCUCAUAGGGAUGACGAAAAUGAACAUAUACAUCAUGGCAGUAAGGGGUAUAGAAAGAUGUUAGAAGAUGUAGAGAAAGAGCUCAUACCAGGGUGCAAGAAGAUGAGUAGACUCUCGUUUAUCGCACGGCUUUUGCACUUGAAGGUUUUGUGCCACUGGUCUAAUAAUUCUAUUGAUUUGCUGUUAGAGCUGUUACGGGAUGCACUUCCAGACGAUGUUGUCCUUCCGAAGAACUUCUAUGAGGCUAAUAAGCUGACCAAGGACUUGGGGUUCACAUGCAAGACUAUCCAUGCGUGCAUCAACAAUUGCAUGUUGUUUACCGGGGAAGAUGUUGACCGUGAGGUUUGUGUUGUGUGUGGGGAAAAGCGAUUUACACAGGGUAAAGAUAGAUCUCCAGUGAAGAAGUUAAGGUACUUUCCAUUAAUUCCGCGAUUGCAGCGAUGGUACGUAUCUUCCAAAACUGCAUCUUCUAUGAGAUGGCUGAGGAGGCUAUGGUGGCCGGUCCGGUGCAGUACCGGUGGAUGUAUCCCAUUGAGCGGUACUUGGGUACUCUGA